AUGAGCUCAGGCUCACACUCAAUAUCGGACUCCUCCAUACUUGAUGGAGGGUUGUUUCCGAGAAUGAAACCCUCGGACGACACGUCAGAACAUGACCCUUUCAGUACUAUUUCUGACCACCAGAGAGAUGACAAUACUUCAGACUCUAUCAAUAACCUACGAACAAUAUUUCCAUCAGCAACACAUCCAAAAGCUGGUAGCUCUCAUAGUAUCGGCCAAGACCAUGUGUUCCAUACUGUUUUUGACACAGCAAGCGAUUUUCGCUCGACCGGCUCAUAUGCUAUCGAUGAUGAAUCUAGAGAAGAACCCUCAAAAUUAUCUAGAGGUUUUUUGGGAGGUGACGAGCAUGUUGACCCGUCAAACAUGAUGGAUUUACUGUCUGACUUGGCGGAUGAACAUGUUUCAUUAAAUUCGAGUAUCCUUCGCUCUAUAGAUAAGGAGGGACUUACAUUGGAAACCUCCAUAGAAGCUGAAAACAAGAAGUUUCCGUUUUUGGCACGCUACUUAGAUGCUUACAAAAAACGUCAUCCCGACGAUCGCUCGUCGGUAUUUGGGAUAUCGCAACUCGACGACUUCCACAAAUAUGCUAAGAAGUCUGAAAUAGACGACGCCAUAGACCAGAGAAUCAAACAGAAUCGCCUAGACAACCUUCUAUCGAUCGUGAAAAGCAACGACUUGGCAGACAAUUUUUAUUCUGUACAGAGUCCGGAGAAGAAAACAACAUAUUUCAAGGAACCAUGGAAACUACGCCUUCCUUGGAAUUCUGAGAAGGAAAAAGUAUAUGUUGAUGACAGCGACAUCAGCGAGCUAAGGAUUGCAGGAAACUCUUAUACCUCAUACUCUUCGAGUACUCAGGGCUCCCAGUUUCUUCAACGCAAGUUGAAAGUUAGACAUUUACAAAUGAUUUCUUUUGGUGGAACACUUGGCGUGGGUUUAUACUUAAACAGCGGCAAAGCCUUCACAAUUGCUGGAGGUUUUGGAACUCUUUUGGCUUUUGCCAUUGUGGGGUUGAUUGUUUUGGCCACUAUUAUUUCCUUUUGUGAAAUGGUUACUUUCGUUUCCGUCGUUGAUGGAGUUUCCGGCCUAAGCUCUAGGUUUGUGGAGGAACUGUUUGGAUUUGCCACUGGAUGGUUAUAUUUCCUAAGUUUUUCUGUGGGUCUAGCUGGCGAGGUUGUCGCAUCCGUGAUCAUCUUGAGCUAUUUUCCCAAUACUAAAGUAUUGACGAAUGCUGGAGCGACUGCUGGAUUUGUCACACUUUUCCUUUCAUUCUGCAUUAUCAGUAACUUACUCGAUGUUCGUGUCUUCGGAGAAAUCGAGUAUGUUUCUAGUAUCAUCAAGGUCAUUAUGACAUUAAUCAUGAUCAUAGUCAUGAUUGUAAUUAAUCGUGGAGGUUUAGGUGAUCAAGGUGUCAUAGGCUUUAGAUACUGGCAGGAACUGAAGUCUCUCUUUGAUCAUAAUAUGAUUUUUGGCAUGUUCAGACCUUCGUUUGAUUUGUCUAGUACAGGGAUGGAUUCGAAAACUACUGGUGUUGGUGGGAAUUGGGGCAGGUUCCUUUCAGUUCUCACUGCCAUGGUUAUCGUAACUUACUCAUACAGUGGAACAGAAAUUGUUUGCAUAGCAGCAUGCGAAGCGAAAAAUCCCCGCAAAGCACUCCCUUCUGCUACGAAAAGAGUUUUUUGGAGAAUCUUGAUUUUUUACUGCCUUGCUUCGUUUGUCAUUUCUUUGAACAUAUACGCAGGCGACCCUCGUUUGCUUAGAUACUAUAGUGGACUUUCGGGAGUUCCCCCUGAGGAGUUUGAUCAUAAUUUUGCUAUCCAAUACCUUGGAGGGAAUUCAUGCAAGUCUCACUAUGCUGUUUUCGCCGGGUUCGCAAACCGGUUCUCAGAGUCCCUGGACUGUGGCUCUUGCAAAGUGCCGGACUCUGUAACUGGAGCGCCGUAG